GUGGCUCAGAAGACACCCAAUGUGCUGCAGUGAUCAGUGACUGUGGCUCUGUUUGUUCCAGGGCUGGACCCAGAGCCCGGUGGGGUUAUUUAAUGAGCCUGAGAACUCUUUGUUCUUCCAUCCAGGUUCUCAUGGACGCUCUUUGUCCUCAGCAGUGCGUGUGAUCAGAGUGACUCAGGCUGUGAACGCCUGCCGCUCCCUUGGCUCAGGUCAGCAUUUUUCUCAUGUUAACACACUUCUCAGGGAGUGUUUGGUUUGUGUGUUGUGUUUUUCUUGCUCUCUCGGUUCCUGCUGUCCAGGUUUCGUCUGCAGUGCUGGAAUCCGUCUGCGUGUACAGAUGUGCUGAUGUAUGCGCUGAAGCGGGUCCGGCCCCUUCAGGUGUUUGUGUCUGUGGCUGCAUGCUAAUGAGGCAUGCGCUGAUCAGGGUGUGAGCCUGUGUCUGUUCAUAGAGGUGGAACCUGUUUGUCUGCUUCGCAGCAGGUAUUCGUGCCCCUGAAAGCUCCGCUCCUCAGUCAUAACCUGCAGAGCAAACAUCAUGGAGUGAAACUCCUCAAACAGAAACCCCACAGCAGCCUGGCGCCACCUGAUGCAUCCUGAGCUUUAAUCCAAAGUGAGUUUGCAAAUCCGCAGUGAAAGAAACACAAGGAUCAUGCUGUCGCACCGCAGAGGAAGAAGCCUGUCGGAGGCGCUGACCCUGGAGCAGUCAGAGGAGGGCGGCCUGGUCAUCUCCAGCAUCAACGAGGCCUCAGCUGAUCAGGGCCUAAAGGAAGGGGAUGAAGUUCUUGGGGCAACAAUAAAUUUUGAUAAACUGUCAAAAGAAGAUGUUCUAAAGGUGUUGAAGCUGAUGGAGCCCUUCAAUGACAAGGUCCAAGUCCUUACCAAGAAUAAUUUAAGCAAGAGUCUUGAAAAUCUGGACGUAAGAUCUGCUAAGAAUCCUGAGACGAUGCUGCAGGAUUCCUACAGUAAACUCUACAAUACCAAAAUCAAGAAGUUUAUUAAGGGUGACUUGGUUGAUGCUGAGGAAGACAGUAAGAACAGCAGCGGCACUACAAAGCCAACCACACAAGGCUCGUCCAGGGGAGACCCAAAACAAGCCACUGGCUUGCCUCGUCUGGGAGUUGACUUUGGACUCAAAAGCCAAAACUCAAAGCGCAUUAAUGCUGAUUUAGAAGCUGAUGAUUUGGGGCUUACAGCUGCAACAGAUGGCAGCAAUCUGAACCUCCCACCAUUGGGUUCUGGGUGGGGUGGAGCUCAGGUACCAAAAGUGAAGGGCAAAGGCUUACAGAUUAAGACUGCAGACUUCCAUCAGUCUGGAAAUUUGCCAGAAGGUCAAAAUGUUGCUUUCGGUGGUGAAAAAAUUCCAAACGCUGACAGCCCUUCACUUGAUGUGAGGAUGCCAAAACUUGAAAGACCAUAUACUGCAAUUGAAAGCAGUGGGGAGAUGGGAACUGUGGGAACCCCAGAUGUUUCCUUUGGCAAACUCAGUCAUUCCAAGAAACUGAAAAAGCCAGAUCUAAAUUUGGACGAUCCUGUCAGUUUUGUUCAAUCACCCAACCUUCGGCUAUCUGGGCAGUCUACUGACUUAGAUUUGGAAAUGCCAGGCAUUAAUGGGUCACAAUUUGACUCAGAUGGACCACACAUGGAUAUGCCUUCAGCUAAAGUCAAAAGAACUCCUAAGAAACCAAAGAUUGAUGUAAAUUCUCCAGAUAUGGAUAUGAAUGUUUCAUCGGGUAAACUGAACAUGCCUAAUUUUGGGUUCUCAGGUAAAAGUGAAGCUGAUGUUAGAACACCAAAGUCACCUGGCAUUAAUAAUCCAAAAGGAUUCCAGGCUCCCAAGUUCAAAAUGCCCAAAUUUGAUUUACCUGAUCGAAGUUUUACUGGAGAUGUACAUGGGUCAAAUAAUCUAGAUCUUGAGGUACCUUCUCCUAGAUUGAACAUUAAUGAAAAUGGUCCAUUAGCAACAGUGGAUAUUGAUGCAGGGAUGAAGACACCUGAACUAAGUGAUAUCAAUAUCAAUGCUCCCUCAGGCAAAAUGAAAAUGCCUAAAUUAAAAGGUCCAAAUUUAGACAUGAACACAGAUCUGAGCUCACCAGACUUUAAUGUGAAGACUCCAAAGAUGAAAGGUGGAUUUGAUACUCCUGAUGUGGACCUUCCCAACAUGGACCUUAAGGCACCAAAGCUAAACGUUAACACUCCUGACCUCAACGUAGGUUCAUCCAAAGGCAAACUGAAAAUGCCCAAAAUGAAAAUGCCUAAAUUUAGCUUCCCAGGCUUAAAAGGACCUGAAAUUGAUGGAAAAUUAGACCUUCCAGAUGCAGAUGUAAAAACCCCCAAUGUCAACCUCAGAGGUCCUAAAGCUGAUCUCGAAAUGCCAGAUUUUGAUGUUUCUGGUCCAUCUGGAAAGAUCAAGAAGCCAAACCUGAACCUGCCUAAUCUGGGUCUGUCUGGUCCAAAAUUAGAUGGCCCUAAUCUGGACUUCAAGACACCUGACCUGGAUCUAUCUGGUCCUGGUCUCAGCGGGGGAAUGAAUGCACCAGAUAUAAACAUGCCAAAACUUGACCUUAAAAGCCCAAAGAUGGACCUCAAUGCUCCAAAGGUCAACCUAGACAUGCCAUCAGGGAAACUGAAGAUGCCAGAGCUUCAUGCUCCAGACUGGGACAUCAAUGCUCCCUCAGGCAAAAUGAAAAUGCCUAAAUUAAAAGGUCCAAAUUCAGACAUGAACACAGAUCUGAGCUCACCAGACUUUAACGUGAAGACUCCAAAGAUGAAAGGUGGAUUUGAUACUCCUGAUGUGGACCUUCCCAACAUGGACCUUAAGGCACCAAAGCUAAAUGUUAACACUCCUGACCUCAACGUGGGUUCACCCAAAGGCAAACUGAAAAUGCCCAAAAUGAAAAUGCCUAAAUUUAGCUUCCCAGGCUUAAAAGGACCUGAAAUUGAUGGAAAAUUAGACCUUCCAGAUGCAGAUGUAAAAACCCCCAAUGUCAACCUCAGAGGUCCUAAAGCUGAUCUCGAAAUGCCAGAUUUUGAUGUUUCUGGUCCAUCUGGAAAGAUCAAGAAGCCAAACCUGAACCUGCCUAAUCUGGGUCUGUCUGGUCCAAAAUUAGAUGGCCCUAAUCUGGACUUCAAGACACCUGACCUGGAUCUAUCUGGUCCUGGUCUCAGCGGGGGAAUGAAUGCACCAGAUAUAAACAUGCCAAAACUUGACCUUAAAAGCCCAAAGAUGGACCUCAAUGCUCCAAAGGUCAACCUAGACAUGCCAUCAGGGAAACUGAAGAUGCCAGAGCUUCAUGCUCCAGACUGGGACAUCAAUGCUCCCUCAGGCAAAAUGAAAAUGCCUAAAUUAAAAGGUCCAAAUUUAGACAUGAACACAGAUCUGAGCUCACCAGACUUUAACGUGAAGACUCCAAAGAUGAAAGGUGGAUUUGAUACUCCUGAUGUGGACCUUCCCAACAUGGACCUUAAGGCACCAAAGCUAAAUGUUAACACUCCUGACCUCAACGUGGGUUCACCCAAAGGCAAACUGAAAAUGCCCAAAAUGAAAAUGCCUAAAUUUAGCUUCCCAGGCUUAAAAGGACCUGAAAUUGAUGGAAAAUUAGACCUUCCAGAUGCAGAUGUAAAAACCCCCAAUGUCAACCUCAGAGGUCCUAAAGCUGAUCUCGAAAUGCCAGAUUUUGAUGUUUCUGGUCCAUCUGGAAAGAUCAAGAAGCCAAACCUGAACCUGCCUAAUCUGGGUCUGUCUGGUCCAAAAUUAGAUGGCCCUAAUCUGGACUUCAAGACACCUGACCUGGAUCUAUCUGGUCCUGGUCUCAGCGGGGGAAUGAAUGCACCAGAUAUAAACAUGCCAAAACUUGACCUUAAAAGCCCAAAGAUGGACCUCAAUGCUCCAAAGGUCAACCUAGACAUGCCAUCAGGGAAACUGAAGAUGCCAGAGCUUCAUGCUCCAGACUGGGACAUCAAUGCUCCCUCAGGCAAAAUGAAAAUGCCUAAAUUAAAAGGUCCAAAUUUAGACAUGAACACAGAUCUGAGCUCACCAGACUUUAACGUGAAGACUCCAAAGAUGAAAGGUGGAUUUGAUACUCCUGAUGUGGACCUUCCCAACAUGGACCUUAAGGCACCAAAGCUAAAUGUUAACACUCCUGACCUCAACGUGGGUUCACCCAAAGGCAAACUGAAAAUGCCCAAAAUGAAAAUGCCUAAAUUUAGCUUCCCAGGCUUAAAAGGACCUGAAAUUGAUGGAAAAUUAGACCUUCCAGAUGCAGAUGUAAAAACCCCCAAUGUCAACCUCAGAGGUCCUAAAGCUGAUCUCGAAAUGCCAGAUUUUGAUGUUUCUGGUCCAUCUGGAAAGAUCAAGAAGCCAAACCUGAACCUGCCUAAUCUGGGUCUGUCUGGUCCAAAAUUAGAUGGCCCUAAUCUGGACUUCAAGACACCUGACCUGGAUCUAUCUGGUCCUGGUCUCAGCGGGGGAAUGAAUGCACCAGAUAUAAACAUGCCAAAACUUGACCUUAAAAGCCCAAAGAUGGACCUCAAUGCUCCAAAGGUCAACCUAGACAUGCCAUCAGGGAAACUGAAGAUGCCAGAGCUUCAUGCUCCAGACUGGGACAUCAAUGUUCCCUCAGGCAAAAUGAAAAUGCCUAAAUUAAAAGGUCCAAAUUUAGACAUGAACACAGAUCUGAGCUCACCAGACUUUAACGUGAAGACUCCAAAGAUGAAAGGUGGAUUUAAUACUCCUGAUGUGGACCUUCCCAACAUGGACCUUAAGGCACCAAAGCUAAAUGUUAACACUCCUGACCUCAACGUGGGUUCACCCAAAGGCAAACUGAAAAUGCCCAAAAUGAAAAUGCCUAAAUUUAGCUUCCCAGGCUUAAAAGGACCUGAAAUUGAUGGAAAAUUAGACCUUCCAGAUGCAGAUGUAAAAACCCCCAAUGUCAACCUCAGAGGUCCUAAAGCUGAUCUCGAAAUGCCAGAUUUUGAUGUUUCUGGUCCAUCUGGAAAGAUCAAGAAGCCAAACCUGAACCUGCCUAAUCUGGGUCUGUCUGGUCCAAAGUUAGAUGGCCCUAAUCUUGACCUCAAGACACCUGACCUGGAUCUAUCUGGUCCUGGUCUCAGUGGGGGAAUGAAUGCACCAGAUAUAAACAUGCCAAAACUUGACCCUAAAAGCCCAAAGAUGGACCUCAAUGCUCCAAAGGUCAACGUAGACAUGCCAUCAGGGAAACUGAAGAUGCCAGAGCUUCAUGCUCCAGACUGGGACAUCAAUGCUCCCUCAGGCAAAAUGAAAAUGCCUAAAUUAAAAGGUCCAAAUUUAGACAUGAACACAGAUCUGAGCUCACCAGACUUUAACGUGAAGACUCCAAAGAUGAAAGGUGGAUUUGAUACUCCUGAUGUGGACCUUCCCAACAUGGACCUUAAGGCACCAAAGCUAAAUGUUAACACUCCUGACCUCAACGUGGGUUCACCCAAAGGCAAACUGAAAAUGCCCAAAAUGAAAAUGCCUAAAUUUAGCUUCCCAGGCUUAAAAGGACCUGAAAUUGAUGAAAAAUUAGACCUUCCAGGUGCAGAUGUAAAAACCCCCAAUGUCAACCUCAGAGGUCCUAAAGCUGAUCUCGAAAUGCCAGAUUUUGAUGUUUCUGGUCCAUCUGGAAAGAUCAAGAAGCCAAACCUGAACCUGCCUAAUCUGGGUCUGUCUGGUCCAAAAUUAGAUGGCCCUAAUCUGGACUUCAAGACACCUGACCUGGAUCUAUCUGGUCCUGGUCUCAGCGGGGGAAUGAAUGCACCAGAUAUAAACAUGCCAAAACUUGACCUUAAAAGCCCAAAGAUGGACCUCAAUGCUCCAAAGGUCAACCUAGACAUGCCAUCAGGGAAACUGAAGAUGCCAGAGCUUCAUGCUCCAGACUGGGACAUCAAUGCUCCCUCAGGCAAAAUAAAAAUGCCUAAAUUAAAAGGUCCAAAUUUAGACAUGAACACAGAUCUGAGCUCACCAGACUUUAACGUGAAGACUCCAAAGAUGAAAGGUGGAUUUGAUACUCCUGAUGUGGACCUUCCCAACAUGGACCUUAAGGCACCAAAGCUAAACGUUAACACUCCUGACCUCAACGUAGGUUCAUCCAAAGGCAAACUGAAAAUGCCCAAAAUGAAAAUGCCUAAAUUUAGCUUCCCAGGCUUAAAAGGACCUGAAAUUGAUGGAAAAUUAGACCUUCCAGAUGCAGAUGUAAAAACCCCCAAUGUCAACCUCAGAGGUCCUAAAGCUGAUCUCGAAAUGCCAGAUUUUGAUGUUUCUGGUCCAUCUGGAAAGAUCAAGAAGCCAAACCUGAACCUGCCUAAUCUGGGUCUGUCUGGUCCAAAGUUAGAUGGCCCUAAUCUGGACCUCGAGACACCUGACCUGGAUCUCUCUGGUCCUGGUCUUAGUGGAGGAAUGAAUGCACCAGAUAUAAACAUGCCAAAACUUGACCUUAAAAGCCCAAAGAUGGACCUCAAUGCUCCAAAGGUCAACCUAGACAUGCCAUCAGGGAAACUGAAGAUGCCAGAGCUUCAUGCUCCAGACUGGGACAUCAAUCCUCCCUCAGGCAAAAUGAAAAUGCCUAAAUUAAAAGGUCCAAAUUUAGACAUGCCAAAGGUUAAAGGGCCUCAGGUUGAUGGAAACUUUCAUGGCCCUGAUAUUGACAUUAAUUCACCAAAUUAUGGUCUUAAAGGAGGUAAAACCGAUUUUAAAUCACCAAAUGGGGAUUUCAGUAGCCCAUCGGGAAAAAUAAAGAAGCCACAUUUAAAAAUACCUGAUGUGGGUUUUUCUGCUCCAAAGUUAGAUGGACCUGCCUUGGAAGUCAAGUCUCGAGACCCCAAAGCAAAAUUGCCCAAAGGGCCAAAUUUGAACAUACAUUCCAACCUUCAAAGUCCAGAUCUGAAUUUCAAAACUCCAAAGAUAAAAGGGCCAAAUGUUGACAUAAAUAGAGAUCUACAUGAACCUUACCUAAAUAUUACACAUUUAGAUGUUGAUGGUCCAAAAGGCAAAUUAACAAUGCCAAGUUUAACAACACCAGAUGUUAGUCUUUCUGGACCCAAAGUAAAACCAGUGGGCCUGAACAUUUCAGGACCUAAAGUGAAAGGACCUGGUAGGCCAGACCUCAACAUUGAUGAUCCUGCAUUAAGUUCCAAAAGACCAUCUGGUAAGAAUCACAGAUCAGAUAUGACAGAUUUAAGCAUGAAAGUGCCCAACCUGAACACCGAUGGAGAGGUCAGACUUCGUCACCCUGAUAUGAAGUCAGCCAGGGCCAAAGCGAGGUCCAGCUUUCCUAUGGUGGACACAGAUUUAAGACAGCACAUCGAUUUUAACCAUCCAGAUCUUAACAUUGAUGAUUUUACAGAGAAGGAUCAUGUGCUUCUAGCAAGAGGUUCACCUCACCUCCAGGUGUCACGUGACCAUGAACAAGCGAUCUCCUCUUCGGGAGUUAAUAUUAACAGAGGCGAUCCCAGACACAAGCGACACAUCUCAACUGAAGCAUCUUUGAAGCAGCCUGUAGCUAAAGCUCGACUGCCACAGUCUUCUGAGGAUUUAUCAGUAAGAGUUCCUGACAGUUCAGAUGGUUACUAUGUUACUGUUUUUCCCACUCAAGCACAAAAUCAAAAAACACCAAACCGCAAAUAUAACACCCUCGGAGGUCUUGAAUUUAAUUCAAAACAUUUGGACCUUGAAGUUCCAGAUGAAAAAGACCUGAAAGGGUCAACGUUCUUUUUCUCCAACCUGGUGUAGGCUUGUAUGAAACUGCAGCUACUCUGGGUUAUCUAAACAUUUUGUAUGGAGUUUAUUUAUUUGCACGAAGGUUUUGUGUGAACUUAUUUUUACUAAAAAUGCUGGAUUCUUGCACUUAUUUUAUAUGUAAUGUACAUUUUUAAUCUCUUUACAAUUUUUUUGAUGCCCAAACAUAAGGAACACAUUUGUACAUUUUUUUCUUUUAUUUUCUCAUUUAUUCUUUUUCUUUCACUAAACAUUUCUUUAGUUUCAUAUCAUCGACUAGAUGUACAAAUAUUUCAAUUUUACAUAACAUUCAGAUUUUACUGUAUAUUUUAUUCUAUUCUUUAUUCACUGGGGUAUAAAUAACUGACUUUUAUUAAACGAUUAAGACAUGUUUUGUAUCUGACACUUGAAUUUUCAAUUUUUGCACAGUAUAAAACAGUAGUUAAAUAGAAAAAGACGCUACUGUUGUUUUUUUAAAAUAUAAAGUAAGUGUUUUAUGUAUGCUCAGGUUGCUUUUGUUUAAGAUAGCAUAUUAUUUAAUGAAGUAGAAUUAAUAAACAACCCUCAUCAACCGAAAAGGGAGGGAACAGUCGG